AUGGCUUCGAUUAUGCGCCCCGGCCUGCUCAGGCAAGGCUUUGCCAGCCCCGCCGCCUCCCAGCGCGUCUUCUCGACCUUCACAAGCUCGACCGCACGACAAUCUUCGCCGCUCAUCCAGCAACUCCGCCCGGCCUUUGCGCGUUCAGCAGUACCCAAGGCGACCAGGAUCGCUGCCUUCCAUGCCACUCAACGCCAGCAGAUCCUGCCCCCGCUGCCCCAGAAGAUUGAGGGAGGUGUCAAUACGGCCGUCCCUAUUCCCAACCCAGACUACACCCACGGAAGCUACCACUGGAGUUUUGAGCGACUCCUCGCCGCUGGUCUUGUCCCACUUACAGUUGCCCCGUUCGCGGCUGGCUCGCUGAACCCUGUUACUGAUUCUAUCCUCUGUGCUUUGCUCGUCCUUCACUCGCACAUUGGUUUUGAGGCCUGCAUCAUCGACUACUUUCCCAAGAAGCGCAUCCCGAAGCUCCGCGCUCUGGCUGACUGGGCCCUUCGCAUCGGUACCGUUGCUCUUGGUGUCGCUCUCUAUUCAUUCGAGACAAAUGACGUCGGUAUCACGGAACUCGUCGCGAGGUUGUGGCACGCUUGA